AUGUACGCUGCUCAACCCCUCCAAUUAUUGAUUCUCUCGCUGGCAACUUCGACCGCGCUGGCCAAGAUCAUCACGGUGGGGAUCGGAACAAGCGAGGCAAGCCGGCCACUGCACGUUCCCGUGGGAGAGUGCACAGAUGUGGACGAAGAGGAGGUGUACACAUUAGACUUGAAACAGCCCUGUCGAGUGUUCACGGCAGACGGUAUUGCUCCAUCCCGGCGAACAUACGAGCGAACGCCCAGUGCCGGUCGGAAGUCUCCUGUGUGA